AUGGCGGCGACCGUGGCCACCAUGGACGGCUCGCUCGGAUUCGACGCCGUCGUCGUGUGCACGUCGAACGCGGCGCAGGAGGCGUACUGGCAAGAGCGACUCGAGCGCACGCGCGGGCAGGCGGCGAAGAAGGGCGCGGUCAUCGUCGCCGUGCACGAGGACUGGGCCUCCGACGGCGCCGGGAACGGCCUCGGGACGCUCUACGCGUACGCCAAGGCGCGCGCGCAAGCGAUGGCGCGCGUCGACGGCGCGGUCGACCUCGACGCGAUGCUCGCCGAGGGAAAGACCGUGGGGAUCUACCACACCGCGGGGAAGGGCACGCGCCUCGCGCCGCUGCCGGGCGCGGAGAACAACAACAAGCCGGGCGUGAAGCUCCCGAGCCUCGUGACCGUGGAGGGCGCGCGCGCGGACGACCCGCCGACGACGAGCGAGCUCACGAUUCUCGAGGCUGUGAUCCGACAGACGGGGUGCUACGCGCCGCGCCGCGCCGGGCGAUGCAGCGUCUUCUGGGGCGACCAGAUCUUCGUCCCGAGCGCGGGGCACCUUCCCUCGGGGGCGCACCACGCGGACAUACUCGCGCGGAUGGGGCCGAUGCCGACGGAGGAGGAGUGGGCGGCGAAGGGAUUGGAGAAGUACGGGCUCAUCGCCGUCAACGCCGCCGACGAGGCGGCGCAAGUCGAGAAGGUUUCGUACGACACCGCGAUGAAAUUGCUCGGGUCGUUCGGCGAGGUGAAGCGCGUCGGGCCGUCGCUCGGGAGCUUCUCCCUCGGCGCGGAGAUGCUGCGAAUGCUCCUCGAGGAGUUCGCGACGGAGCUGGAGGAGAAGCGGGCGAAGAUGGACUCGGACCCGCACCUGUGGAUGCCGAUGACGCUGGAUAAGGCGCGUUCUAUCUCACACUGGUCCCCAUACGACCGCGUUGGCGAUGUGGACGCCGUUCCUUAA